UCAGCGAGUCUGUGAGCGAGUCUGGUUUCCGUUUCCGUUGGAAGUCCCUGGCUGGUAAUCUGUGGUUGUGCACCUUUUUCUAACUGUUUUUAUAGACAUUCAAAAUAUUGAAAGUAAAUUUGGAAAUAUCCACACCAUAUUUUUCUAACAACUUUAUGCGAAAAGGUUUCUACUCGUGAACGUUACAGUGCAAAUUGCCCAAUAAAUAAACAAAAAAUACACAAAAAAUACAAAAGUAUAGAAAUACAAACAACAAGUAAAGCUUAAUAAGUUGUUUCCCCUGUGUGUGUGAGAGUGCGACUGCGAGUGAGUGUGAGUGUGAGUCUGAGUGCGCGCUUGUGUGAGCGAUUGAUUAAACAAAAGGCAUUUGGUAACCUAGGCCAACUGGAAUUAUAGAGACCACCCCACCAAUACAAGUGACUUAAAAUCAAAUCAAAUAUAAUGGGCUGCAACACCAGCCAGGAGCUGAAGACGAAGGAUGGCGCCGCCAUCGACGCGGUCAGCAACGGGGAGCCGGAGCCGAGUGCUCCGCAAAUGGAGAGCGAAGGUCUUCAGUCCUCCGCAAAGUCCUCAAACAAUCAUACAAAUCACGCCAAAUCAAAUUCAAUUACCUCCAAUGGCGAUGCCAAGGCGCCGAACGUCGGCGGCGGCGGUGGAGGAGGCGCCUCAUCCGAAGCAACAAAUGGCAUUGAUCGUCCCUUCGAUAAGGCGGCAAUCACGGAACUCGACGACGACGAGGACGAAGAACCGGAGUUGGAGAUACACAUACCACAUCACCACCAUCACCAUGGCAGCCAGAAAUUCCGUCGAAAUCCGUUGAAAAAUUUGGAUCUCGAUUUUAAAUUCGAUGUUAAUUCGUUUUAGCCAACAACCAGUCCGUCAACCGGUAAUUAUUGGCAUUUAACAUUUUACCAAAAUCAACCAUCAAUUUCAAAAAACAACAACAGG